AUGCUGCUGCCAGGAAACGGCUCCCUGAGCCGGGCUGAGCCUCCGGAGAGCUCCCGGUCCGGACCGGAGGCGGUGGUCGUGCCGGUGGUGUUCGGGCUGAUCUUCGUGGUGGGGGUGGUGGGGAACUGUCUGGUGAUGGUGGUGAUCGGGAGGGUGAAGUACAGAGGAGGAGGGGGGGGCAGGAGGACCGGAAGCCCCACCAACAUCUUCAUCCUGAACCUGAGCGUGGCGGACCUGAGCUUCCUGCUGCUGUGCGUCCCGCUGCACGCGACCAUCUACUCUCUGGAUGAAUGGCUGUUCGGAGCCUUCCUCUGUAAGGCCGGGCACUACUUCCUCACCGUCAGCAUGCUGGUCAGCAUCUUCACGCUGGUCGUCAUGUCCGCGGACCGGUACGUGGCCGUGGUGCGUCCCAGGAAGGCUCCGUGCGUCCGGAGCCGCCGGAACGCGCUGGUGGCGGUGUGCGUGAUCUGGACUCUGUCUCUGGUGGUGUCGGUACCGGUGGCCCAGCACCAGAUACUCACCAGCCACCCAGCAGCUCCCAACCACACCUUCUGCUGGGAGAUGUGGGCCGGCGCGUCCAGGCGCACCUACAAGGUGAGCAUGGUGCUGCUGGGUUACCUGCUGCCUCUGCUGCUCAUCAGCUGCUGCUACGCCAAGGUUUUAUUUCAUCUUCAUAAAAAGAUGAAGAACAUGUCCAAGAAGUCUGAAAGCUCCAAGAGGAAGACGGCUCAGACUGUCCUCCUGGUGGUAGCUGUCUUCACCGUGUGUUGGAUGCCUCAUCACAUCAUCACCAUGUGGGUGGAGUUCGGCAGCUUCCCGUUGACUCAUGCGUCCUUCGUCCUCCGCAUCGUGUCCCACUGUCUGUCCUACGGGAACUCGUGCAUGAAUCCCGUCCUCUACGCCUUCCUGUCUGAGAACUUCAGGAAGUCGUGUCGUCAGGUGUUCAGCUGCUGCUUCCUGUGCCCGCCGCCGCCCGGCGCCGCCAUGGUGCGUUUCCGGGCGGAGACCUUCUCCACCACGCAGUCCACCACCAACAUCUGA